GGGGUAGGGAUUAGGGCAGGGGGUUCAGCGAUGUAUCACUUUGCUUCCGAACAAACACCGGAACUGCGACUCUCGGGCAAAGUGCUCGUCACCAGCCAGACAACGCAAUAUCUAAAGAGUUUUCAAAUCGAAGCCGUGCGUUUUCUCUACCAACAGCUGUCCAAACAAGAAUUCUGUAUAUUGAAUGAUGAGAGCGGUUUGGGCAAAAGUGCGGCUGUUGUAGCGCUAUUGAAUGCUCUUGGUGCAAGCAAAAAGACCUUAAUAGUUCUGCAAAAUGAUGAUCAAAUGCUUGUCGGCUGGCAAUUUCAUUUUGGCGUACUAACGGAUUUGCCCGUUUGUGUAAUACAAAAUAUUAAUGAUAGCACAGAGUCGGCGCACAGCGUUUAUUUGGCUAAAUGGAGUGUUUUACGAAGCAUUGGAGAUCUCAGUAAACUGCGUUUUGACUUUGUAAUUGUCGAUAAUCGUGGUUAUACGUUAAAUAACAAUUUUUGCACUUCCAUGCUGCUAAAGCAAUUCGAGCGCAAAGUAAACAUUGUAAUAUCUAGUGUGGAUAUCACAUCGGAUGUAAAGCUUUUGUAUAAUGUUUUGCGAAUGGGAGGACGAUUGGGUUAUCAAUUCAAAAGUUUUAGAAGUUUUGAGAACAAAUACAGCCUACCCGAUGCCAAAGAGGUAUUCAACAAACGUCUAGAUUUGGAGGAGUACUACAAACAGCGUGGCAAGCUGGGCGAUUUCGUUAAGGAGUUUCGUCUGCGUCGCUAUCGGCAUCAAUUUGAUCAGUAUCUGCCUCUAGUCACACCGGAACAAUAUAAGACAAACCUGACACUCUGGUUAGCGAACAACAACAGCGAUUCUACGCUUAGCGGCUCAACGGUCGCUUCUACAAUAGAUGCACGCUCCACAGCUGGCACAGAAGAGAUAAUUGAGUGUCUGAUGAAGAUCAAAAGAGAACGGGAAAUGGCGCAGCGAGAUGAGCCAGAGAAAUUUUCAGAGCAUAGCGAUGAAGUAGUGGCCAUGUCCCCGCUAAUCUUUGAAAUGUCCGAUGCGGAAAUAGAGGAAGAUGUAGAAGAACAGCCCCUGGUAGUGGCAAUAGAACCAGCAACUACUUGUGCGGAUGUGGUGAUGAUUUCUAGCGAUGAUUGUGAGAUAGUAACGCCGCCAAAGACACCUUCGCCGGUCUUUACUACCGAUAGAGCACAGAAAGACAAACGAAAAUUUACUAAAUUAUCACAGGCUGUGGAGCAGGAACAUCUUACGGAUUCGGAGGUGGAAAUUGUAACUCCUGAACGUAAAAAACAGGGAGUUAAAAAUACACCAAAAGGUGGCAAAAAUAAAAAAAUAAACGGAAAGCAAAGCAGUGUUGCUCUGGAGCGAACAAAUGUUGUCCAGCCACAGACAGGAAACGGUAAAAUAGUCCGCAGGACUCGCUCUGCGAAUAGCACGCCUGUAAACAACAGCAAGACUAAAAAAUUAGAAAAUAAACAUUUCGAAUUGGCGAAGGAAACGCCUAUGCGUCGAACACGCUCAGCUGGUAACACGCCCUCGAGUAGCAACAGGACAAAAAAAGUUAAUGUUUUACUUCAGCGGAUUGAAUUGGAGACGACCCAAAAGAUCCAAUCAACUCCAUCCCAAAAAAAAGCAAAAGGCGUGAUCAGUACACCGAAAAGCGAAUCUACAAAGCCUGCAAAGCGCUUGCUCCGUGAAGUCAAUAUUGCGCCCAAAGGCGUACACAACCGUGAAACACGAGGUAUGCAGCGUUUAACGCGCUCCGCCGAUUCACGUAUACGCAACAAAUACAUGACCAUAACAGUGGCUCUCGAUAUAGAUAAGAAACCCACGCCGCGAAAGCCAAAAACGGUUGCUGGUCAAACGCCCAAGACAAGCAGAAAUCAGACGAAAAAUACGCCAGAGAAAUUGGAAAAUCAGACACCGAAAAGAUCUAAACGAAAAAGUAAAACCCUGCAGCAGGAUGAAAAAGUUACAACUACGCCCAAAACGAAAUCUAAUGCCAAGCCAAGAAUGCAAAAGCAACAGAAAGACACACGCAGUCCACUUUUAGGACCAAAACCAAAAGCAAAAACCACAGCACCUCUUCCCCCUGCAGCACCAUCCAUACAACCCACGCCGCAGUUGAUCAGCUCAGGGUCAACCAAUUCGAACUGCUCGUUCACGCAAUGCGCUCAAAAGCUGCCCGAUAACCUAUCCCAACUGGAUGCCCUUGAGCCACCUGCAUUUCGCAUGCCGUUUGCGCCCAUAUCAACGUCACUGCUGUUGCCCUAUAGUUUGAAUCUGUUUAGCGAUUCAGAAGUGGGCAUUGUGCCCGCUUCGAAUCAACAAACUGAUAUUGUUGUGAUAUCUAGCUCGUAUGAUGAGAGCUCUGGACAGUCCUCAGCACAGAGUAGACGGACCCGCGCCUUAAAACGCAAACGCCAGCAGAGGACGCCUGUCAUGUCUCCACACGAUCUCGAGCGGCCCAGCACAUCAAGCUUUGGUUUAAUGUUGGCACAGCAACGGACACAGAAUAAAUCGCCGGAUCUUUUUAGCAACUGCUCCGGUGUUUCACAGUUGCCGCUCACACAACCAGCCCCGGCAAGUACGGCUACUGGAACGGCCACCGGCGCAUUUGAAGGCUUCAAGAUAUUUGGGUCCGAGGUGAAGCAUCUGCAGCAGCAACAUGCGAAGACGCAGGCGAAUAAUAGCACGAAAAAGAAACGCGAUCGCUCCUGUCUGGACAUUCUGGAGCAAAUGUUCGAGCCACGCCAUAAAAAGGAUGCCGCAAGCUCCAACAAUGUGCUGCCCACAUAUCCGCCAGCGAUGCACGCGCCACCAACUGCUCAACGGCGACGCUCCGUGAUCGAGGAUGAUAUCUUUGAGAUCACAAAUAAUGGCGAAUUCGGCAGUCGUUUGCGUUUGAAUUCUACAGGCGAUGUCUCACCCGUUCAACAGCAACAGCAACAUAAAGAGUUGGGCCCAACACAGCACAAAAUUACCAACUAUUUAAUUGGCUCCAGUGCUGGCCAGGAAGACGAACCACAGCAACAGCAGCAGUUGGGGCCAAACAGUCGCACCUCCACGCAAACACUACGAAAAUCGCCAAAAGGCAUCAAGUCCACACAGUCCACAAAGUUAACACGCUGGUUCGGAACAGCUUCUUCUGCGGCAGCCUCACCCACCUGCUCUGGAGAAUCUUUGAGUGCGCCCAGCACUCCGGUCAUGUCGACAACGAGCGCGGCUACCCAAUCAGCGCGUAUUGUGCGCAGAAGCGGACCGACAAAGCGAAAGCGACUCGAUCUGUUCAAGUGAGAGGAUGAAUGAGAAUAGAAAACGUACACUUCAAUGAUCUUUCGAAAAGACUCUGAGACAACAGACUACAGUAUGCUGCGAGCCAUUUAAGAAAUGUCUUUGAUACAAUUUUGCUGUGCCUUACAAGAAACGUAAUUAGGAAAAGAAGCUGAAAAUAUUCGUUUCAUUACAGUUUCUAAAGAAGUUAUAAGUUUUUAAUAAUUAAAUUUAGUUAUAAAAUCUUUAAGUUUUAAAAGUGUCUCAUAAAUGUUCGUUCCCUAUAUCCAACAUUCUCAAAAUGUAAACUAAAGCAAGUUUUAUUUCCUAUCUUAUUUUAUUUCCAUUCUACAAAAUUAGUCAGCUACUUGUUGCAGCAUUACGAUUUCUUGUAGGGCACGCAGUUUUUUUUUUAAAAGACUCUAAAAGAAUUUGCCAAUUUGCAAUUAAAGCACCCAACUCUACGGCCACAAGGAAAGAGGAAUUAUUACAUAAAAAAAUGUAUAUGCCAAUCAAUUAUAUUUAACAUUGUUUUUUAUACACUUAUGUAUGUUCAUUACACGUAUACACACAUAAAGACUUCAUUUUUUAUUUGGAAACAUACAUAUUUGUUAUUAAAUUCACAUUGGAAAUAUUUAGCACAUAAUUUUUAUUAGCCAAUUUAGUUAAUUCUUAAAUUUGUAAAUGAAGGCUACGAGUAUAUUUUUUGUUCAUGAAACGGGCAAUAAACUGAAAUUGAAUCAAAAUUAAA